GGCUGAUACAUCGAUCUUACCAUCCAACUAGGCAACUACUCAUCCACCGCACACAUACAUACAUAUAUACAUAUAUAUCACCAUCCAAGAUAUAUCAUUUUAACUUUGUGCAACAUCUAGUAUAUAUCUCCUAAGCUAGCUAUAGCUAUAUAUAGCUAUAGCGUCUCUAUACAUACUACAUGCAUGCUGUCUCUCUCAAUGCAACCUCUCUCUGUCUAGCGGUCUAUUAGAUAGCUCCAACGACGACGACGACGUCGUCCAUUGCAACUACAUUCCCACUACGACGGCUGAUCGGUCGAUUCAGUUGGACCGGGGUAGCUACUACAGCUAGACAGACUCCAGCUGCACCAACAUGGUAGGAGGAGGAGGAAGAAGAGGAGAAGUCAUCGGCGGCCGCGGUGGUGGCCAUGGCGAGGUGGUGGUAGUCGGCCGGGCGGAGAUCGACACCAGGGCGCCGUUCCGGUCCGUCAAGGAGGCCGUCGUUCUCUUCGGCGAGAGGGUCCUCGCCGGGGAGCUCUCAGCUGGACGACGACCACUCUCCGUCAGCGAGCAUACUCGAUCGACUGCACAGAAUCGAGUGGCAGCAACAAGACCCAACCACCACGCCGUGAGCGUCGCCGCCGCCGCCGCUGCCGGUGCCGUCACCACCGCUACGCCGCGCGCCGUGCCAGUGCCAGUGCCACCAGUAGCCGUCACAUCAGAGCUGGAGGAGGCGAAGCAGAAGCUGGAGAAGGAGCGAGAGGAGAAGCAGAAGAUGGCCGGGUGCAUCCAGACGCUGCAGGAGGAGCUCAGCCACGCCAUGAUGGAACUCAAGAGGCUCAAGGCACGCGACGACGAGGAGGCCGCCGCCGGAGCCAAGGUCAUCGACCUGGAGGUCGACGACGGCCUCCACUUCACCGAGGCCGCCGAGAAGCAGCAGCUGGCGCUGGCGGCGCCGCCACGGGGCUCAGCCGACGACGGCAUCGCAGCUGCCGGUGGAGGAGGGGAGCUCCAGAAGAAGAGGUACGUGACGUUCGCCGACCCGCCGACGGUCGCCGCCGCCGCGUGCCGCGCGCCGCCGUUGCCGGACGUGGUGAUGGAGCUGCACCGCGCGCCGCCGUCCCAUCAUCAUCAGCCACACCAGCCGCAGCCGCAGCCGCAUUACUACAGGGAGCCGCGGUUCCAGAGGCAGAUGUCGGCCGGGCACGAGGCCGCCAAGGCGAUGGCGGAGGAGGGGAGGAAGAAGAAGAAGAAGCCGCUCAUCCCGCUGGUGGGCGCGCUCUUCAUGCGGAGGAAGAAGAACAGCAGUAGCUGCCACGAUGACGCCGCGUUUUGAUCCGAUAUUCAAUAGUACAUGCAUAUAUAUAUGCAUCCAUGCAUGUCAGAACCUGCUUUCAUGUUAAUUUUUUUAAAUAUAUAUACAUGCCUAGUUAAUGGAAUGCACACUGCUUUAUGUGUACCUUUGAAUAAAAAUAUAUAUACACAUAAAUAUAUAGCAAAUUUUGAUGA